ACAACAACGAGCAAGAUAAUGUCCAGUGAGCAUUUCAUCGCUUUCUUACGUAUUGGAAAAUUAUUAUUUUCUCUGUUCUAAAAUCAUUUCUUCAGUGCAUCACGCUCGUUAUGAUUUCUUAAGUUUAACAAAGCAGCUGUAUUCAAGACGAUGAUAUUAUAAUUAAUGUACGUUUCGAGCGUGGGCAGCAACGGGGAACCAAUCAUUGGUGCUGUUGAGAAGUGGAAGAUCCACACGUUAUAUUCUCUCGCAUAACGCUACACUAAAAAUACAUCAAUAAGCACGAAUGCAAGGCUUAAUCAAUUUGAUAUAAUUAACAUAAACAGAGAGUGAAAACAACAGAAAAAUUUGCUAAAAUUGGGAUAAUUGACUGCCGACUUAAGCGGACUUCUCGAGCUACCGUUCCAACAUGAACACCUUCCACAUCUGUGUUCUCAGCCUUGUGCUCGGGCUUACCGUCGCUAAGACGGCACCGACACCCCAUGAUAUUCCGUCGAAUGACGAAGAUGCAACUGGGCUUGGACGGAACGCGAUAGAGCCAAUCGAUGGUAAAACUCUAGGCCAGACUGCAGAUUCUGCUAAGGAAGACGAUGGAGGAUGGGACGACAUGGACGAUCAAAAUUCCCCUGAGUCAAGUGUUGAUCCCCCAUUUGUCAACACAGAGAUUAUACGGAUGAAUAACGUAAUCCCCGAAGAGGACGAUAUGAAUAUAUGCACAGGUGUGUCCAUGGGCGCAGACUCAUCAUGGAUCGUGGGCUACGUACCUCUUCCUCAAAACGAAUCAGUUGAUAUGAUAACGCUAUAUGGAUGUUUAGAGAAACCAGAUGUCUCAUUCAAAACAUGGUCUUGUAAUCCCGAUUUAGAAAGAACUGUUUGCAACAGUCCAAGCGUAAUGUUAUACAGGUGGACAAGAACAUGCGACAUGAUUAGUGCGCAGAAGCAAGAAGUACUGAUUGUUGGUGGCGCGUAUCUCAGAGAUAUGGUUCUUAUGGUUCAUUAUAAAGAUGGUCAAAUUAAAGAUUCAUCCGCUUUGGAGUUGAAACUUCUCUCUGGUGAAUACACUGAAACUGAUGCUCACUACCUAUCGAAGUACUACUCACAGUUCGUCGAACCACAUUGCGACGAAACCAUGUACGACUUAAGCCGCCUUCUGGCGAACCUACCAAUGCUUGGCGAAAGUUAUGACAUGGCGUACGACUACAGCGACGUUUCUAAGCAAUCAGAUUAUCAGGUUAAUAGUAUCGAGACUAGCCUAGACGAAGUCUACUCAUCUCUAGGAAGUGCCUGGGAGUAUAGCCCUGUCCUGGUCCAGGAUCUGUCGUGGCCAGCGCCUGGUCUUAAUCUCGGGCAAGUCUCGGGAGUUGAUGCUCACCCGAAAACGGGGGAUGUGUUCGUGUUCCAUCGGGCUGACAGACCGUGGCAGCCAAGUGACUUCGAUGAGAACCACAUAUUCGUUAAUGCCGAAGAGCGUGGGCCGAUACGAGAAAAUGUCAUACUACUAUUAAGCAAAAACGGCGGUGACAUCAAACAACAAUCAGGCUCCGACAGAUUUUACAUGCCUCAUGGCUUAACCUGUGACUCUAACGGUGAUCUCUGGUUGACCGACGUUGCCCUUCACCAGGUGUUCAAGGUCUCAGGCAAAAACUUUAAAACUGAGAUGGUUCUGGGUGAGGCAUUCGUACCCGGAGUUGACCACAAACACUUUUGUCAGCCAACUGAUGUAGCAGUUGAGAUAUCUACUGGUAAUGUGUUCAUAGCUGAUGGUUACUGCAACAAACGAAUUUUGAAGUUUUCGUCAAAUGGAACCUUCAUUCAAGAAAUUACAGCACAUGGUGAUAGUUCCGAUCCAAGGCGAUCCAGCUUCAAUAUUCCACAUAGCUUGGCUCUGGUUGAGUCGCGUCAGAUGAUCUGUGUCGCCGACCGGGAGAACGGAAGAAUCCAAUGUUUCGAUACCGUAACUGGCGACUUCAUUAAAGAAAUACGGAAGCGAGAAUUUGGAGGGCGAGUGUUUGCCAUAGCGUAUAUAUAUAUUUUAGAUGUUUUAUAUGCAGUAAACGGUCAAUCUGAAAGGGUUCCAGCCCAGGGAUACACAAUAGACGUCUCAACAGGUGAAAUACUUGAAACAUGGGCCCCGCACCAGGAAUUUCAAAUGCCUCAUGAUAUUGCUGUGGGACCAGAUGGAAACUAUGUGUACGUCGGCGAUGUUAUUGACCAACAAGUCGUCAGAUUUCUCCGCGAAGAAUACAAUAAUAACAUAUAAGGAUAGGCCCUCUGGCUGAUUAAAAACCUGUGCAUUCUUCUUAAUGUAUGUUUUACUACGAUUAUCAAUGUCCGGUUAUCUGUUUCGUUGUCUUCCGGGUCCAAAGUUGCACAAUAUUUUACCGUUAUUAUGUAAAUUCACACUGAGAUUUUGUUUUGUUAUAUUUUGCCUAUCAGUACCGUUUUUUUAUAAUUAAGCACAUGAAAUUAUUGAGACGAGUUAAAUGGAUUAACGGCUGGAUAAAGAUGGGAAAGUAAAUCUGAAGUAAAAUUAAUAGUUAGGCCUUUAGGCUUUAGCAACUAACUACUAGAAACAUUCGAGCAGGGCCAAUGGAAACCACAGCAUCUGUGCAUGAGAUAUAGAAACUCUGUAUCCUAUAUAAGUUAAUAGAAAACUUGAGCAACUUUUUUCUGUAAAAACGCAUUAGUAUAUAUUUUUGGAGAGUAAAGCCUGUAAUAUGCCCGUCCUUACCCUGCCAAACACUAAACCACGGAUUGGUCGUUUUUUUUUUUGUUUUUUUUUUAAGUAGGCCCUAUAGCCAGAAUACGAUAAUGUAGACAUAAAGACAUAGGCCUAUUAUAUGAAUGAGCCAAAAUUAAGUAUUACGUAAUGCUGUGGGAGAACAACUUCAAUAUUCCACAAAAUGUCGUAAAAUUAUCUAGAUCAAUGACAUAAGUUGCAAAUGCUUUUGAGAAA